CCCGGGUCUGCCGCGCGGAGCUCUGUGAUGAGCCUGCCCAUUACCGCUGCGCCCACUCCCGGGAACCACGGCUAAUAUUCCGCUCUGAAGCCAAACUCUGGACACCGCGCCGCUUCCCGCCGUUUGCACCAUGGCGUCCAAACCUCAGCCUCCGCUGAUGAAGAAGCACAGUCAGACAGACUUGAUAAGCCGUCUGAAGAGCCGCAAGAUCCUCGGUGUUGGUGGCGAGGAUGAUGAUGGUGAAGUGCACCGCUCAAAGAUCAGCCAGAUGCUCGGGAACGAGAUGAAGUUUGCGGUGCGAGAGCCUGUUGGGCUGAGAGUGUGGAUCCUCAUCUCAGCUGUCGGUUUCACAGUAAUGGCUCUGAUGGCACUGGUGUUGCCCAACCAGCUAUAUGAGGUUGUUUUUGAGGAGGAGCUCUCCACGACCAGCAUCUCCGUUCGUCUCUAUGGAGGAGCACUGCUGAGCCUUGCCCUUAUUAUGUGGAACGGUUUCUACACAGCUGAAAAGGUCAUCAUCCAGUGGACUCUGCUCAGUGAAGCCUGCUACUUUGCCAUUCAGUUUCUGGUGACAUCCAUCACCCUAAUGGAAAUCGGCAUCCUGCCCAACACGGCCAUUCUCCUGCUCCUCAGUCGGGUUCUUUUCUUGGCGGUCACGAUGGCUUACUACUACCACCUGGGACGUAAAGCGAAGAAGGUCUGAGCGGACUGUGUGAUCCCUUAAAGAUGGGGAUGUUUGAAGAAUGAGCACAAAUAUGAUGAGAAGGUUUGGAUCGAUGUUGAAUAGGGUUCGGAGCGUAGCAUUGCCAGUAAAGCCCCGGCCCCCUCCAUAAGAACCUAACAUAAUCCUCUGUAUUUAUUAAAUGAGUGUCACAUUGCAGACUCUAUAUCAAGAAUGGGAAACCUUCAUAGUGACAUUAUGCUAUUCUCCAUCUGGGCUUUAAGGUUAAUCCCCUGAUGGCACACAUUCCUUAUUGUGCUGUGCUCUUUUGCACAGAGCUAGCAGUUAGUCGGUGAUGCCUUUGUGUCUCAGUUGGUCUGAUUCAACAUGUACAGUGCUGAGUGCUGUCGUACUUCUGACAAUAUUAUUCAUGUACAGCUACAGGAAUUCCCUACUCUGUGUUCAGUGAUUUAAAAAAAAAAACAAAGUUGAAUUUUGAUGUUGGUUUCUUACCUGUGCUUUCAUUUAUUGAUAGGUGUAAAGGCAUCAUCGUGGUUAAAAUGAAUGUGCUUGAUAGAAAAUACAUGCUGCAUCAGAAGAAAUGCUGAAUGCCAACCAUGAACCCUUAGGAUCUGUUUGCUCAUCAAAUGUGGACAUCUGCUCAAUCUACUGUAAACAUUUCAGUGUCCAAUUUUCAGGGCAACUUCUUUCAAAAGAAAUUUUCCCAAAUAAAUAUGUUCUCAUAAUAUUUUAAUAAAUGUAAUAAAGACAAGGUAUUUGUGAUGGUGAGGCUUUAAUUUGACUGACCUUUGCAGUAAAGUCAGGGAACUCGUUCAGUAUUUCUUUUCAGAUUUCCUCCACUUUUAGUUAUCCCAAAAAAAGUAACAAGAACUGCACAGAAUUUUAGAGCAACGUUUUUCAAAAACAAUUUUCAAAAAUCUGUAUCUUCUCAUAAUAUUUAAAUAAAUAUAAUAGAGACUAAGUAUUUGUAAUGGUGAACCUUUCACUUGACUGACCUUUACAAUAAAGCCAGUGUGACCAACAGGUCACAGAACAAACCUGAGCUGUUACCAUUCUAGUGAUGUAGCUGGUUCUUUUUUUUUUUUCAAGUGUAUCAUGACCUCAGUCUUGCCUUAAAACUUCUUUCAAGAACAGUCUUCAACACUGUACCCUACCUUUUGUACAUAUGUAAAUAAAAGUAUUUGCUAUUAUAUGGCUUUCACGUGUAGCAAACAGGGAACUCGUUCAGUAUUUCUUUUCACCUUUCCUCCACUUUAAUCCCAAACGCAGUAACACAAACAGCACAAACCUUUGUAGCAACCUCUGUCCAUUUACAGAGAAAAAGCUGCUGCACACGAAAAAUCAAUUGACGCAGCUCAAGUGUAUCUCCUGAAAUCAAAGCUCAUUUGUACAGCCUUCAAUUUGUGUACAAUUAGAAAAUAGACAAAAAUUCUUUUCACAUUUUCUUUCAGUGAAGUCUAUUCAUGUUCUACCUCUGAGUCCUCCUAAAUCAGUCAGAAAGAUGCCACAGCUCAGAUUUAGUGCUUUAUCAGAUAUAGAAUCCCUCCCUAACUUAAUCUGAGUCUCUCAGAUCUUAGUUGACAAAAAAUGGGAAUGUGUUUUAGUCAUUUAUCUUCAGAUCAAACAAAAAUCAGAUCAUUUAUUUACAGUAAUCUACAUCCAUGAAUUUGGAAAAGGCUCUUUGGACAGAAUUUUCCUGAUGUCAGACUGAGUGUGGGUAUGCAGUUCUGAUGGAGAGAAUUUAAAACAUGGGUGAGGUCUCCUGCCCUCUUGAUAAGUAGUAGGUAGCUCUUUUUUUUCUUUUUCAGUGUUUAAUUAGAUGCGAGUCUCCUAAAUCAGAUUGUAUACCCCAAACUUCCAGUGCUGCUCUGUCUUGACUAGCAUGGUAAUUAUGGAGUUCAUGAAAAAUGUCAUUCCAUUUCCGUCACAGCUACAGGCCUCAAAUGGGUAGCCUUGUAAAAUGUUCAAAGGUCUGCAGGGCAGGUUAUUUUUGGAGAGAGGCAAUUUUCCAGGGGAGGCAAAAGAUGGGAGGCAGAAAGACUUUCAUCCUCCUACCUCUCUGUUGUAAUAUAUACCGAAUAUGAUACUGGUUACUAAUUUUAAUACAUUUAAAGAACACGAUAACAGGAAAAAAACAUAUAUAUUUAUCUGUUGGGCCAAUCUCGUGUAAUUCGGCAUCUGGCAUACUUUGUAUAUAAAACAUUUUUGUCAAAGUUUUGAGUGAUAGCCAUGUGUUUUUAUGUAUAUUAGGUAUAUUGUACCUCAAUAAAACAAUUAUGUAAUUACUUAAUCAUUUUGAAAUAAAGAACACUAUUGUUUUAUUA